UCUCCCUCUCUGCACCCCACCUCCCCUUUUUUAUUGCAUACCAAGCAGCUCUCAGCACUAGAAUCAGGCUGUUUAAAUACCGGAAUUCUAACCCGAGCCACAGACCUUAUCAGGAUUACUUAAGGAAUUCUCACUCCUCGGGAAGAACGUUUGGGGGGAUAAAAUCUGAAGCAAUGACGGAAAGGGAGGAAAUGCAGGCUUUCACCUCGAUAAUGGACGAACUUGUUAAAAUGAGUGCCACCAUGAAGAACAUAGAGCAAGAGCUCAUCUGUGCUAUCUGCAAGGAGAUGUAUAAGCAGCCUGUCAUCUUGCCUUGCGCACACAAUGUUUGCCAGAUGUGUGCCAGUGAGAUUCUAGUACAGCAUGGUUACAUUGUCAAUGACCCAAACUCUGAGCCAUCCUCGCCUGCUUCCACCCCUGCCACACGGAGCCCUAGGCUUGGAAGGAGAGUCAACCCCAAACCAGAAAGGCUGGACCGACUCAUCAAAGCAGGUUUUGGUACAUAUCCUGGACGUAAGCGAGGAGCUGGUCAUACCCAAACAGUUAACUUCCCCUGCCCAACUUGUCAGAGAGAUGUGGACCUUGGGGAGCGGGGGCUAGGCAACCUCUUCCGUAACUUGACAUUAGAGAGGAUUGUGGAACGUUUUCGACAGACAGUGAAUAUCAACUCAGUAAUCAUGUGCCAGUUUUGCAAGCCACCACAGCAAGAGGCCACCAAAGGAUGCAUUGAAUGCAAAGCUAGUUACUGCAAUGAGUGCUUCAAGCUAUGCCAUCCUUGGGGAACUCAGAAGGCACAACACGAACCAAUACCACCAACAGUGAGCUUCAGACCAAAGGGUUUGGUGUGCCCAGAACACAAAGAAGAGGUAUCACAUUACUGCAAGACAUGCCAAAGGCUCAUCUGUCAAAUUUGUAAAGUGCGCAGGACGCACACAGGUCACAAGAUUGCACAUACUACUAAUGUAUACCAAGCACUUAAGGACAAACUUGGGAAAAGCAUAUCAUUCAUCUUGGCCAGUCAAGAAAUAGUACAUUCCCAGAUACAGGAGCUGGAAAGUCUAGUCGAAAAAACAGAGGUUAACAGUUCUAAAGCUAAAGCAGAAGUGGUGCAACUAGUCCAGGAACUGUGUUCGAUCCUGGAGGAGAAGCAGGCAUCACUACUGCAGACUAUUGAGGAAUGUCGGCAGGAGAGACUGGACAAUUUGAACUUCCAGAUCCAGGAACACCAAGGCAUGUUGGAGAACUCAGGCUUAGUGGGAUACACACAGGAAGUGCUCAAAGAAACUGACCACCCUUGCUUUGUCCAGGCUGCUAAACAAUUACAUAACAGGAUCAUUAAAGCCACUGAGUCAUUGCAGAACUUCAGACCAGCUGCUGAUCCUUCCUUCAGUCAUUUUCAGUUGGACAUCACAAGGGAGAUGAAACUUCUUACCGACCUCACCUUCACCAGAGUUCCUGAUGCGCCUGUCAUUGACACUCAGAGGACUUAUGCUUAUGAUCAGAUCUUCCUGUGCUGGAGGUUACCACAAGAUUCUGCCCCAGCUUGGCACUACACAGUGGAAUAUCGCAAAACUGACCACAAAGCCAAAACACUAAAACUGUGGCAGCGAAUAGAGGAGGUGAAGGGGACAAGUGCAGUAGUGGAGAGACUAGAAACAGACAGUGUCUAUGUCCUGCGGGUUAAAGGAUGCAAUAAGGCAGGCUUUGGGGAGUACAGCGAAGACAUUUACCUGCACACACCUCCAGCACCAGUCCUUAACUUCUUCCUCGACAACAGGUGGGGUUUCAACCGGGAUCGCCUGGUAAUCAGUAAGGAUCAGCGGGCAGUGCGCAGUGUACCAGGGGUCCCCAUGCUGUUUGCUGCAGAACGGAUCAUGACCAGUUGUCAUCUGUCAAUCGACCUGGUAAUAGGUGAUGUAGCUGUCACACAAGGCAAGCACUACUGGGCAUGCUCAGUGGACCCCAGUUCCUACCUGGUGAAGGUCGGUGUCGGUUUGGAGAGCAAACUGCAAGAAUGGUUCCAAGUGCCCCAGGAUGUGGUUAGUCCAAGGUAUGACCCUGACAGUGGGCAUGACAGUGGAGCAGAGGAUGCAACUACAGAGGCCUCACCACCAUAUGCUUUUCUGACAAUGGGAAUGGGCAAGAUUCUCAUGAGCCAUGGAACUUCUCUGACUUCCCGUGACUUGAAUGGCUGCACCAUCCCUUUACCACCACGGAUAGGGGUAUGUUUGGACUAUGAACGUGGUCGAGUUGCAUUCUAUGAUGCUGCAUCAUUUCGGACUCUUUGGGAAUGUGGUGUGGACUGCACAGGCCCCGUCUGCCCUGCCUUCUGCUUCAUUGGAGGCGGGGCUUUGCAUUUGCAAGAACUAGUGGUGAACAAACAAGAACGUAGAGUUACAAUUGGUGGAAACUGCAAGAGUGAGUGACCCUACUGUAGCCUGUUUCUCAAGAACAGCAAGAACGGACAUUUUUCUUACACUGUAGCAUUAUAUAGUCAAGUAAGACAUUUUUUAAGGAUACAUGUCAAAAUAUAUAUUUCCAGUUCUGCUUGACAAUUAUCUGGACAAGUGACUGUUGCCUGGCUGAGCUCUUUUUUUCCACAGCCAGAUAUGAAACGAAAUUUAAUUUCUGCAAAAUUGCUAAGUUCUAUUUAUUUAUUUAUUUUUUUCUCUUCAGUUUGCUGUUUAUUUCAGCUGUUAAACUUACUUAUCUUAUCUCAAAUUGUUUUUCUUUUUUUCUUCCUUGGAUUUCUGUUGCCUUACCUUGACGUUCUGAGUUUAUAUAGCAUCACCUAUGCUGCUUAAUAUGGUAACAUUUUCAUUCUUUCAUCUUUACCAGACAGCACAACUACUUUAAUAUUAAGUUGUUUUUAAACAACAGCAUUACAGAUGGUCAUAUCAAAUAGCAUAAAGUAAUUUUUACAUGCCCUUCUCCCCUCCCACCACACUACUGUGAUAUGUUGCCUCUAUUUUUGUUUAUUGACAGUGGGAAUUUGUCUCUGCCAGUCCAUUGUAUGUCUUGGUACUGGCUGUAUUGUAAUCCACUGUUACUCCAGUACAUUUUAAAGUGAUCAGGAAAUGUAGCAGAGUAGGCUAGGGCCAUGAGCUGUUAACAGCUUUGACCUGCAGAUGUGGAUUUGAGUAUCCGAUCUAUACUUGCAUUCGUUGGGACUCAAGACUAUGUCACUUAGCUAGACCUCUGCUGCUGUUAUUGUCUUUCCAGGAAGCUGGCACUCAUGCUAAGGGGGUCAUUCCCAGUAAAACUAAAUAAAUAAAUAAACAUGAGUGUGUGGAAAGCAGAAGAAUAUAUGCAGUAGGUGCAAGUGUUGUUUUUGAAGUGAACUGUUUAGUAUUUGGAGUAAAUGUGAAUACAACAGGGAAUUGUUUGGUGAAUAGGAAGAAAUUUGAUAGUUGAACCUUGUAUUUGUUUUAUUUCUUGUGUCUGUAUAAAAUGCUAAUAGGAGUUAUUAAAAAAACAUAAGGUAGUUCAUUUCCUGGAUCUAAGACAACAUAAAUGUGACACCAGAGAAGGUGCUAGAUUGGGAGGAUUUAUGACUUUAACAUGAAGCAAUGUGGUUAAGUAUGAAUGGUUAUGAGUGAUUCAGCUCCACAUAGUCAAAAAUUAGUCUGUUUCCAAAAUAUUGACAAAUAAGAUGAUACAUGUUCCUCUUUGAUGUCUUAAUCCAUUGACGGGGCAGUUUCCCCAUAUUUCAGAAAACCCACAGAUAGUCAGAAGGCAAGAACUUAGAUGUUAUCUUCAGUAAAACUCACCAAGUUGCUUUCAGUUUGUGGCUGAGUACACCAAGAAUGUUCGCAACAUGAUUACUGACAGGCCAGCUAAAAGCACAAAGUGGUAAGCAAAGGGCAUGGGAGGACAGCAACUGGCGUCCAUUGAUGUACAUAAAUACAAGCCUAAAGGGCUUUAAAAUGAUCAGGUUUGGGAACUAAGACUGCGGUGAACCAAGAGAGACUGAUAGAAGUUGCACACAUUGUAAGAACGUUUUGUGAACAUUAGUAUAACGAAACCAGAAUAAUCCCUUUAUUUAACCAGACACAGUCGCUGUAUGAGAACACUGCAUCAUAGUCAUGUAUGAAAAAUAUUUCCUUCAUUCUUGCCUUAAAGACUCAUUAUCUGACUUUAUUCUCCUUGCCUGGAAUGCAAAUGAAAUCCAUUCAACAGUCCGAGCAAGAGAAAAAAAUGGCCUUUUCAAAGCCAUAAGCCCUCUUAGAUUUGCACUUUUGUCUGCAACAGAUACCUCUUCACUGAUAAAAUAAUAUAGUGGGGAAUUCUAUAGCCCUUGACUUAACUCUGAUAUUUUUAAUGUUGUUAAUGAAAAUACUCAGCUUUGUGAAGUGCAUUAAAAUUGUGAACUGUACUCGUGCAUAAACCAUUUGCUGCAGAUUCAGUCAUGUUGUUAUAUUUCAUUUCUGUAUUAAGAGGGGUAAAAUGCAAGACCCUCCACGGUAUGAUAAGUAAGUCUUGAUAUCUUUAUUUAAGUAACAUUAUCCAGCAUUUUAUAAAUGUUUGUAGACAGAGUUGGCAUCUCUUUGGUAAGUUAUUUUUUUCAUAGAAUUCAGUAUCUUCCUUAUAAUAUUCUCAUAUAUUGAAUAGUGUGCAUUCUCUGUCAUCCCCUUAAAGCAGUCCUUUUCAUUGCAUGCCAUGGGCAUUGUAAUGUUGUGGUUAAUUAGCCACAUUCUGUAGACAGACAUAUCGUUGUUAUAAAAUACUACUUGAUAUCCACCCCCACAACAUGGUGUGCCUUAAGCUAAAGUCAUAUGUAUAGCAUUAUCUGCAUAUGCGGUCAUUCAUUUUGCUGCUGUGGUCAUCCAUACUCUGCAGAUUUUCUAAUCCCAGAGUCACACUGACAUUAUGGUCAUAUGCACUGUAUUCAUCUUAACAUACAAACUUGGUUUUUAUCUCACUGUAGUCAUUUUUACAAUGCUGACUUCUUACAACUUAUUAAUCUGAAAACAAUGUUUGCUCUUAUAAAUAACUAUGCUUUGCUCAUGGUCAAACAUUUAGCAUGCAUACCCUCACAUCAGUCAUAAAUGUAUACCACAGCUAUGGUCACGUCGCUGUCAUCCUUAAAACAUAAAUGCACUCAGUGGUAAUCCAUAGGCUCAUGCAUGUCAGUAAAGUGUAGAUCCUAGGUCCCUAUACAGUACAGUAAAACUGUGUGUGUACAUUGAGUUGAAGCCCAUGCUUAGGUACCCAUACAAAUGGCUGCAGAGAUUUGCUUCAUUGCACCAUCAUCAGAACAUCUGCCAUUCUUAGCAUCCUUUCAUUCCUUUAUCAUGUCCUAUAAUAAUGGCCAAAUGGCACCUCAAUAUCUCACCAAUACAUCAAUACAAAAUGAAAAAAAAAGAUCAGCAGAAUACUAACCAGGAAAACACUGUUUAAAUGCUAAAAAGUGAAAAAAAGGAUUAGUGUAUCAGCACCAUUUUCCAGGACCACUUGCAUAUAUUAGAAAAGAUAAUUUCUGUUGUUGUAUGGCUACAAGGGAAAAACAAAGAUUUAAAGUUCACUUUAAUUCUCAUUAGCUGCUUUAAGGAAAGGUUUUGCAAAGCAAUGACAAGUUGUAGUGAAAGCUGCGGGUGAGUGCUAAGAAACUUGUAAUGCCGUUAGUCUUUACCGGUGAUCCUUGAAGUAACAACUUUGGAAGGAAACUAGUUCUGACAGGCAACUCAGAGUGACUUUCUAAUAAAUUGAUAGGAGCCUGGGUGUAGAGUCAUUCAUCUAUCAAGGCAGAGAAUGCUGACACACUGGAGUUACAAAUGCCUUCUUACCAUAAUACUUAAAUACCUUUUAUAGGCUAUGAGCCAAGAAAGCACCUGCAAAUGGAGUGUUGCUAUCUCUGUGACUGCUAAUUACCUGGUUAUGUAUCUAUUUCAUGUUGUACUUUGGGUCUACAUUCAGAUGUGGUGGCUUUUCCUCUAAUUCUAAAGUUACAGUAGCAUAAUUAUAAGGUCUUUUGAGCCUAGUUCCAUACCAUAGGGGGAAAGACAUUGGGUAUGACUCAGACAAGCCAAGUUGGAAUGGUAGUUUGGGAGCUGGAAGAGCUAGGUAGAGGAGAAUGGGACUGAAAUGAUGAUGCAAAACAUUCCCUCCUGUGUGUGUGUGUGUGGGGGGGGGUCUAGUCUGUCUGGCUUUCAUGUAAUAAAUGACAAAGAAAGACAGUGGAACAUGACUCAAAACUAUAAACGUGAUAACAAUAGCCCACAUUACAUUGUGCAGAAGCAGGUAAACAUACAGUGUGGAUGUAGUACCCAUGUUGACCACCUAGCAUGUGGUAAAGGCCCUUAGCUAUGUCCCCAUUGGUAAAUGCUGACAUGGGCACUCACCAUAUCUAUGGCUGCCUGGAUGACUCUGCAUCCAUUUGGCUCUUACCUUCUUGCUGGGGAUACCCAAGAUAGGGGAAGGAAUCUAAUCAAUAAAGUGGUGAGGCUUGAUGGUCAGCAGCUAGAGAGAGCAGUUAACCUGUUCAUUUUAAAAAUAAUAUGAUUUAUUUAUUCUGACUUUGUUUUUAUUUUAUUUUAUUUUAGUUUUUGCUUGCUGUUAUGUACUUUGUUCUGGGGUGGGUGCCACCCCCCCUUCUAUCAUGAACAAAAUUGACUUUGUUUUUCUGAUGGAUGGAUGAUCUAUGCUAGUGUGACCAGAAUGUAUGUAUGUAUGUAUAUACAUUUCUUUGGGAAUGUAUAAGGACAUCUCAAAAGUAGAAUUUUAAAUAGUCAGUUCAGGUUGAUUGUAGUGCAUUGCCUAUGUAUUACUGAGGAAAAAUAACUUUAGAGAAAAUUACACAGACAUAAAAUAGCUGCAUGAUUAUGACUUGGAGUGAAAAAAGCUGGUCUGGUGUGUUUCUAUUUUAAUUCUGCUUGAAUAGCUGUUUAUUGAAUAUGAAAGCAAAACUGUGUGAGUCUGUAAUGUUGUUUAUAGCAUUAAAUUACAUAAAACAUGGUGCCCUGGUCCACUGGAGCUGGGGUGUUUUGUCUGUGGACUUUGCAUUUUCUCUCUAAGUAUGCAUGGGCUGCUGUUUAAUUUUCUCUCACACUUCAAAUAUAAACUGGCCAUUUGAUUGGCAGUACUAAGAUUUACCUAGCAGUACAUGUGAGCAUACAUGUAUGAAUGUGGGCAUCCUGUGGUGGAAUAAAGUCUCACCUGAGAGUGGAUUCUCCCUUGCCUUUUUUCUGGUUGGGAUAAACUCAGCUUAUCAUGUGAUCCUGGAGUAGAUGAAAGCAUGUACCAAAAUAAGAUGGGUGGAGCACAGCCUUCAAUGGCUUCCUGAUUUCACAAAAUAACUUUGUGUGUCUCAACACAACUCUUAGUAUAUUCCCAUUUGCUAGCAAACAGAAGUUCAACACAAAUGUUCUCUUUUUUGGACAAAUAAUGCAAUCAGUUUUACUUAAUUCAAAAUAACACUGGAAGACAGAAAUAUCAAAAUAUAACAUGAUAAUAUUAAAACUGUAAGUUAACCCUGCAUGUUUGAGUUGUUGCACAACCUAAUAUUCAGAAAGCUACUGUAUUUAGCCUUUAUAGGCUACAAGAUGUACUCUGAUAGUCCAAAAGCUUGGGCUGUGUUAAGCAGCAUCUUACCAAGGAACAAUGGAUGUGACUUUUGGGACAGACUAGAUACCAUAGUUAUUGAAUUAUAUGGAUUGCUGUUCCAUGAUAUGUUGGAAUAUUAUCAGAUUUGUAAGCUUACUACAUCAUAGGAUAUUGAGUAUCCCUGCAAAAUGAACUGGCCUAAUUUUCUGACAUAUGUUUUACCUUAUGCUUUGGUAAAAAAUAAUAACUUGUGUACUUAAAUGGCCAGAUGUGAAAUCCUGUAUCUUUGAUUCUUACGGUAAAAAUGAUCAUGGGCUACAUUAGGGGUUUUCAUCAAUGACAUUUUGGCAACAUUUGACUUUCAAAAAUUCUUCUAAAUAAAAUGGAAAAAUAUACUUGGAUGAUUUUAAAAUUUAUAGUUAUGGAAAAUAGAAGUUGAAUUUUUACCUGGGUUUUAAUCUGUAUUUAUUAUAUCACUGUUCAUAUUUUUGCCCAGUUCUGAACCAUGACUAUAAAUAUAUUUAGUUUCCCAAAUUUAGAAUGCAUUUCAGAUUAUGACUCCUCGAGGCUUUAGACUUUCAUUAAGAACAAUUUUUGAGUCCAAACUGCUGCUCCAGACCCUAAAGCUCUGAAAUGAGGUAGCUAGAGAGAGAGACAUUUUGUAUAAAUGGUAACAGAAUAUCUGGGGAACUAAUGCAAAUGGACACCCUCUAACAAAUGAAUAAAUGAAAUGAGCCUGGUAUAGUAGUAACAGAUAGACUCUAUUUACUUUCCUGUAUUUUUGUUGCUUGGCUUAAUGAGGUAUUUUAAAAUGUUAUAUCAGCAGUAAAGGGGAACUUUGUUUAAAAUAAAACAAGGAAAGGUGACCUUAACAUCUUUUGUUCCAGCAACUUUUCACCCACUGUUAUGGACAAUUUGAAAUGAUGAGUCAUGAUGCAGUCUGCUGUCAUAAAAAUGUAAAUCUUCUCCUGUGAUUGCACGAUGUCAUUGCAAACUGAGAUUCCGGAUUGUCCAGUUGUGAAGUCCAGAGGCAAGCGUGGCUGUGUUGGAUAAAAGGAGCAAUGGUGGUCUGUUACCAUUAGGGGUGACUGAUGUGGACUCACUUGUAGUACUGUAGGGAGGAAAGGUUUGAAUGAGUAUCUUGGCUAGCUUGAGGCAGCUGAGAGAAGGACUAAAACAACACUUCAUAUAUAGUGUUGUUUUAAUAAUUACCAAUGACUUACAGCAAAUACACGAGUCAAAGAGGAAAUGUAAAUAUUUUCUCAGACAUUGUAGUGGAGAUGGCAGCCUGUGUUUGGGUAGAAAAGUACAAUUCACUGAACGCUCUGGCAUACAAAUAGGAAUGCAGUCUGUUCAAUAAUAAUUAUUAGCUUUGCAUGGAUGUCUACAAUUAUAAUCUAAUUUCUGUUCGAAUUGCUACUGUUUCCAUGGGAUUUACUGCUAUGUCAUGACAAAUGGAGAGAUUAUUUUAUCAUGGAUUUGACAAUGGAAAUAAAUGGCUUUGUAUUU